UACCGAAAACGAAUGCCAGAUGUCGCUUGCGGCAUUAGCAAAUGAAAGACGCGCUGUGAUUGGCUGACUGUACGCUAUUCGGGCUAUAAGUGCAGAACUAAAAUGUAAGGUAAAAGUCGCUCUAACAGUUUGCUUAAAAAUAGUUAAAUAAUAUCAAAUAAAAUACUGCAACGCGUUCGCAAUGUGUUGCCAAGUGCUCUGGAUAAUGUGCGUUUCGUCAAGAAGAACAACAAGAAGAAAACCAAAUCGUAUUUGAGGUACAACUUACACACACACACACGCAUACAACUAGGCUUACAUACUCGCGGAUAGUUUUUAAGCAAAAAGUGGGUGGCUCCAAACACAUCGAGGAUAACAACAAAAACAGCAACAACGACAACUAUAUAAAAUGAGCGGUCGCGGCAGUCGUAAACGUGGGCGUCCGCCAAAGACGCCAAAUGAGCGAUCCACGGGACGCUUCAAUUACCAACUGCUCAAGAAGCCCAAAUAUCUCAGCGAAGGCAAAUCGCAACCGAGCACGCCGUCAGCGUCACGCUGCAUCUCGCCGCAGAGCGAUGAAUGCAGUCGCAGCAGCAACAACAAUCGCAGCAGCAGCACUCGCGGCAGCGGCGCCAAACGAGGACGCGGACGCAAAUCAAAUGUUCAUGCCAAUACCAGCACCAACAGCUAUUCAGCCAGAAAAGGUUACGAAUCGGAGUAUCAUUAUGGCUCUGAUUUUGGUGAUUCGGAAGAGGAGAAAACAGAUAAUGAAGAUGAUAUGCUACUUACGCCCAGCGACGAUGAGAGCUUGGAAGCAGCCAACGAGAGUGAGUCGGAGUUCUCAGUCUGCAGUUUUACACAAAAUGGAAUUGUUCGACCACAGCGUCCGCCCAGCCCGGACCCAAUUUGGCUUCAAGAGGGUCGAGAGUAUCCGGCACUGGAGCUACCCGAAUCAUCGGAAGAUUUAUUUAUAGGCAAUGCGCAUGUAUUGCGCGCUCUAAGUAUUUAUGAAGUAUUGAGACGCUUUCGUCAUCUGGUGCGACUCUCGCCCUUUCGCUUCGAGGACUUUUGUGCGGCCCUGGUGUGUGAGGAGCAGAGUGCUCUGCUAACGGAUGUCCAUAUAAUGCUGCUAAAGGCCAUAUUACGCGAGGAGGAUGUUCAGGGUACACACUUUGGUCCGCUCGAUCAGAAGGAUACGGUGAACAUCAGUUUGUAUCUGAUUGAUGCCAUUACAUGGCCAGAAGUGCUGCGAAGUUAUGUGGAAUGUGACAGGGAAUUUGAUCGUAAUGUCUAUCAUAUACUCAGCACUGGCGAAUAUCCCUAUACGGGUGUCGAUCAUCGUUUGAUUGUACUACAAUUUCUGAGCGAUCAGUUCCUUACGGCCAACUCGGUGCGGGAUGUGAUGGUGCAGGAGGGUCCCAUACACUAUGAUGAUCAUUGUCGGGUCUGUCAUCGUCUCGGCGAUUUAUUAUGCUGCGAAACAUGUCCCGCUGUCUAUCACUUGGAGUGCGUAGAUCCACCCAUGAACGAUGUACCCACCGAGGACUGGCAAUGUGGACUCUGUCGUUCCCACAAGGUAUCUGGCGUGGUGGACUGUGUGCUGCCGCAGGAGAAACAAGGUGUUCUCAUCCGUCACGACAGUCUCGGUGUGGAUCGACACGGCCGCAAAUAUUGGUUUAUUGCGCGACGUGUCUUUGUCGAGGAUCAAAUCGAUGGCAAUUGUUGGUAUUACAGCACACAGGCCAAGUUGGAGUUGCUAUUGAAGCGCAUGGAUGCAACGGAGUUGGAGACACGAUUGCAUGCUCAACUGACUGAUCGUCUGGAGGAGAUUGAGCGUCAAAUGAAGCUUACCGAAUCGCUAACCAACGAGCACAAGCAUAAUAAACGCACCUUAAUUGAUCUAGAGCAAGAGGCUACACAAGAACUGCUCGACAAGGAGACGACGACGAAAACAAACGAGGAAGGCACGGCGGCUGAGACUGUUCAGAAAGCUGAGGAUAAUAAGAUGGUGACACGACAGAAGACGAAUCAAAUGAAUAGUGGCACACUCUACUUUAAACUUGGCAUGGAGCAGGGCUUUAAAAACUAUGUCAAUCAGUAUGCCACAAAUCCCAUUGCGUUGAACAAACCACAGCGCAAUGAGGAGCGCGAUAAACGACGACAUCUCUCCCACAAGUUCUCAUUAACAACUGCCUCGGACUUCAAAUGGAUUGGCAUCACGAUGGGCACAUGUGAUAAUAUAAUCACAACGUUGCGACAAACGUUGAUUAAUUUUGAAACGAAUAUUGCGUCGUCCUUUAUGAAUCCCAACUGGGUGAACAACAAAAAGAUGUGGAACACGGCGGUAAUGAAUGCAAAACGUGCCACUGAUUUUGCAGCUGUCAUGCUGCUGUUUCAGGCAUCCCUCAAGAGCGUUGUCUUUGCCAAUGUGUGGCACGAACAGCUGGGCCACAUGCAACUGCAUCGCAUCUCAAGCGCCGAGCGUGAGGAUCGCAAGAAGCAAGAGAAACGCGAGAAACGUGAACGCGACGAUGAAGAGGAACGCAAUCGUUUGGCCUUCAAUUACAUUAAAUACUCACUGGGACUGAAGCAUCAGGUGUGGAAGCAAAAGGGUGAAGAGUAUCGUGUACACGGCCAAUGGGGCUGGCUCUGGCUAUCGAGUAGUCGACGCUGUGGCGUUCGUGUCCGACGAACUCGUGCCCAGCCGCUGACACAUACGCGUGUCUAUGUGCACUACUCCCUGGGCGAAGAGCCGACUGUUAAUGAAAGCGUUCUCGUUGAUCCUCGUACUCAGCGCUUUAUGCAGCAAUGCGAAGCGAUUCAUUCGUCCGGUCAAGUGUGCCAUUAUUUGCCCGAGCAAUACAAGCAGGUGAAGGUCUAUGAGGAUGUGGGAGAGCGUGUCAAUGGACACAUUGAUGUGAGCAAAGCCUUAAAUGCACCUGGUCGACAUUAUUAUCCCAAGGUGGCACGCAAAUGUCGUCUGGAUGAUCUGCUAGAGCGACGCACCAAGUUGGCCGAGGUGGAGCAACAAAUUGCCAUCAAAUCGGAUGCCGAAAGCGAUGUUAAACCACUUUUAGUAGCCUCAACAGGUGGAAACAACAAGCAAACGUAUCUAGAGAAGCGUCUGCUGCGUUUAACUGAAGCAGCGGGUAAAGCUGUCGCCUCCAAUGUCAACUUGGAUCUUGUCAACUCGCUGGCCAAGCAAAUUCAAACGGUGCGCAUGCAAUUCAGCCAAUUGAAUCGCUUUGCCAAAACCUUUCGCUGUUAUACCAAGGAGUGCAACACGAACUCAAAUGCCGUGUCACAAAUCACCCAAAACACAUGCUAUUCCCCGCUCUGUCUGCAGAAGGCGCGUGCCAAGAAGGAGCUGCUCCUGUUGCUACGCAAAGCGCACACAGCCGGCAAUGGAUCCAAGGAGACUGUGGCAGCCAUACUUGGUGCAGUGAAGAAACCGUCCAUACUUGAACAGAAAUUGACAGAGGGCAAGAAGGAGUCGGUUCAAUUGUCACUCGAUGAAUCGGACGAUCACAAACAAGCUGAAUCCGAGGCGCCACUCGACUUGUUGCAAGAUUGGGAACAGGCGCGUGCUCAUGCUAUUGCCUUUAGUGAGCAACUGCUCACGGAUUGCCUGCAAAUGGAGACCGAGGAGUCGAAAACUGACAAGGUCACAGUUAAAGUGGAAGAUUCGAAUCCAGAUACAAGUACACAGGACUCGGAUAAAAUGGAUUACAUCGAAAGCAUGGAUGUGUGCAGCAAUGUGGAGAUUGAGAGCACUGAAGAUUCAUUGGCAGCGGCAGCAAGUGCUGCCAGCUCCACAGCGAAUGCCGAUGAUGUGGACAUCCUUGCGGGCACACGACGCAAACGCACACAGAAGCCCAAGAAGGCAUAUAUCGGCACCAAAGAUGUGCUCGAUCAGACGUUGGACAAGGAUAUACCACUCAACAAACAGAAUCGACGAUUUCCCAUCACAGCGCGUCCAGUUAAACGUGAGGAUGUCACCAAAUACGAGCGCGAAUAUUUCGAGAAUGGCAACGAACGUGUCUAUUCAGCAACUUCGACGCGAGGACGCGUUUAUCUCAUGCGAGAUGCGGCCAAAUUGUAUGAGCAAUGCGUCAAGUCGGAGGACAAGACAACGAUUGUGAAGAAGGCAACUUAUGCUCGCUAUCCGCUCAUCUCGAAUUUUCUCACGCACAAACAGAAGCGUAGUCUUCUGGUCUUGCCACGUUUCGAACUGCUAAAGUUGGCCCGUUUGGGCGGUAAAGUCCCAAGCAAUGGCUUCCAUCAUGCGGCCAAAAACAAUUGCAUUUGGCAAUAUCAAUGCUCCAGGCCAUUGUUUCGCACCUGCUGGUCAUAUCGCACUUCCAAUGCCACCACAUUGUCCUCGAUUGCACUGCAGUUGAGAAUAUUGUGGUCAUGUCUACGCUGGGAUGAUAUGAUUGCCAAGCCACCGUCCACAGAUGGCAAACAUCAGGUGACAACGGAGAAUGAGAUUGUCACCUUGGAGUUACUCAAGUUGCGACAUGCUGGUCGAUAUGGCGAGAAGACAAGCUACCUGCGACGCAAGGUCGUCAUACCACUGGAGAUGCCAAAGACUAUAAGGGAGGUCACAUCCAUACGCUCUGGACUACGUAAACGCAAGCGUGCCGAAUCUCCGCAACCCACAGAGCCGCAAAUAAGCGAAGAAUGGGUCGAUGAGGAUAAGCUCGAGUUGUGGGAAAUCAAAUUCAUUGGGGAGAAACAGGAGAAGGCUAGACUUGCCGCCGCUACACGCUCUGUGGUAACACGGCAACUGGAUGCCAGCAAUGGUUCUGGCCUUAAUGCAGCCACCAAUGGCAGUCCAGCAGGUGGACGUGUUCUCCUCGCCCCCAAGCCAAGUGAAGAUGUCAAGGAUAAGAUGGAACAACAGCUCAAACUACAAAGAGCAGCACAUCAACAGCGCAAGCUACUUAAUACCGGCGAAGUGACCCGUUCAUCCACACCAGUUAAGGGGCAAGUAAUUGGCAGUCGACGUGUGAUAGUCAAGAAUCCGGAUGGCACAACGCGCAUCAUUCAACAGGCCGUGACGCAAGUGCCGCGCACAGCUGCAGCAACAACAACAUCAGCAGCAGCAGCAUCGGCAGCAAGUCCCGCCCCCUCAGCGAAUGCCACAACAGCCACGCCCUCGCCAACGCCGCAUAAAGUACAAAUCAUACGUGGACCCGAUGGUAAAGUGAGUGUGCGGGGCUUGAAUCCUGGCCAGCAAUUGGUGCAAAUGCCCGAUGGUAAACUGCAUGUGCUAACAACGACAACAACAUCGAAUGUGUCAGCGCCAGUGAAAGGGAAAUUGCCAAUUAAAACUCUUGCAACGGGCCAGGCACCGCAGGCUGUGGCAACAGCAACGUCAACUGCUGGGGCAGCUGCCGCAUCGCCAGUGAUCAAACAAAUUGCUUUGAAGCAUGUAGCCAAAUCUCCGGCCACACAGACACUUGCAACGUCACAGCGUGUUACACUGCCCUUGGCUCAAGUUAAGAAUAAAUUGCUGUUGGCACAACAGCAACAACAACAGCAGCAGCAGCAACAGCAACAAGUCGCUUCACCAGUGCAGAAAUUGGUGCCGAAAGUGGUGACAACUGCAUCGCCUACACAGCAGGUGUUUGUGCAACAAGGCUCUAAGUUGUUGGUGGCACAAGGCUCGCAGGGACAAAAGGUAAUCAUAUCUGCAACGCCACAGCAACAACAACAACAACAGCAGCAGCAACAACAGGGCACUGCCACAGUGCAACAACAACAGAUUGUGCACACACAGGCAAUACAACAACACAUACAGCAGGCACCGCAGCAACAACAACAACAGCAGCAGCAGCAACAACAACAGAUUGUUGUCAAUCAACAGGCAACACAAAAGGUGAUACAACAGAUUGUCAACACGAGCAACGUGCAACAACAGAUUGUUGUUGGCGGGCAACGCAUCAUUUUAAGUCCUGGACAAACAAUUGUCACGCAACGCAAUGUGCCGCAAAGUCAGGCGUUGCAGAUGGUGCAGCAACAAAUACAAACACAGCAGCAUCAGCAACAGCAGCAGCAACAACAACAGCAGCAACAUAUUGUACAACCACAGCAGCAAUUUGUGGUGCAAGCGAAUCAAACUGUGCAAUCGUCACCCACAACACAAACAAAGCUGGUGAAGCAGAUUGUGGUGCAGCAGCAGCAACAGCAACAACAACCACAACAACAGCAAUUAGUUGAAGAAAAGCCACAAAGUAGCACGGAAAAUGCCGAGACAACCACACAACAAGUGCUUGUGCCAAACUCAACGCUAGCUCAGCAAUUGGCACAGGGAAAACUGCAAGUGGCAACAAUCAAUGGACAGCAGGUGAUUGUGAAGCCGCUGGGCAACAAUCAGGCACAAAUAGUGGCACACAUCAAGCAUCAGGGCGAUGGCAAUGCACACAUUGUGACCAACAAUGCAGCGCCAGCAAUAUCUCAAGCGAGUCCACAAACCUCACCCGUUAAACUGCCAACACAGCAACAACAGCAACCGCAGCAGCAGCAACAACAAGUUGUCGUACAACAAAGUGCACAACAAAUUGUUGUGCAGCCACAGCAACAUGUUGUACAGCAUGUGGUGCAGCAAACACAGCAAGCACCACCACCGCCACCACAACAACAGCAACAACAACAACAACCGCUAAGUGUUGAGGAGAGUCUGCUGCAAAAUCAACCGCCUGGCACGGUGAUUAAAUGCGUUACCGCCCAAGUGUUGCAAACGGAGCACGGGCCACGCAUUGUGUUGCAAGGUCUGGUGGGCAAUGAUUUUACGGCCCAACAAUUGCAGCUGGUGCAGACGCAAGUCAAGCAGCAGCUAAUGAAAGCCCAAGAAUCGAAUGGCAAGCUCGGAGUUUUAGGCCCAACCAAAAUCUAUUUAGCUGUGCAGCCUGAAACUUCGGCGCAAUCAUCACAGCCGCCGCCAUUAACACCUGUACAUCAAUCGGCAUCUCAUCAACAAACUAACUCCAACACCAACAACAACAACAACAAUAGCAGCAACACCAACACCCACAGCAACAACAUCAUUAAUGAGAACAACGACGCCACCGCGACUUCAGCUAUUACCGAGAACAGCCUCCAGAACGAUAGUUGCCUCAACAGCACAAAUGCCACGGCGGACACCAUUGAGCUCCUCGACGCCAGUGCCCAAAUUGAUAAGCAUAACACGGCAAUCAACAACAACAUCAGCAACAGCUACCACAACAAUGCGGCAGGGCCAACAACGGAAAACGUAGAGUAUGCCACAGUGGCUGCCACAGAUCUGGGCACAACAUUGACGGUGCAAGGUGUCGAGCAUGAGCAGAGCGAGAAUUUUGUGGUUACCAGCGGCUACAUACAAGAAUCCAUUACGAAUGCCUUGAAACAGGGCAAUCUGAGUCCGGAGCUUGAGGAGAAACUGGUGAAUAUGCGCAAGAAGCAGGAGCAACAAAACUCCAAUAAUUUGGGCGAAUGGACGCCAACAGCGAAUAGAUCCAACUCUGUAGUUGACGGCGCCAGCACAUCGUCACGUCGACGCACUGCAUCGCGUCAUAACAACAACAAUGACGAUGAUGAAUGGAAACUACGCACGCCAACGAAGCGUCAACCUAGCAAUGCCAGCGGAAGUCACUUCAUUAGCACGAUUAGAAACAAUCGCAAGCAGCUGCCGCUCGAGGAUGCUGCCAAUCUCAGUGAACCCAAGCAAUCGCAAUUGGAGCGUCACAAGGAUUUGCUGAAGAAGAGCAUACUACGCAAGCGUUCGUUGCUCGAGCGCAAUUUGCAGAAUGAAAUCCGUGAGGAAGUCGAGGCCAAGGUGAAGCGUCAUGUGCGUGCGAUGAGCACCUCAACGCCGCCAGAGAAGCAGACAGAGAAUGAGCGUAGUUCAGUGUUUACUGAGCGUCUGCUGGAUCAGAAUAAUGAGCACAAGAGGCACAUCAAACCUCCAAUUGGACGUAGUCUGGGUCCAGAGCCACCAUCACUGCAUAGCAGACACAGCGUGGGUCGACCCAAGAAGAUGACCAGGAAGAAGGAGAAGCUUUAUUGCAUAUGCCGCAAGCCCUAUGAUGAUACCAAGUUCUAUGUUGGUUGCGACUUGUGUAGCAAUUGGUUCCACGGCGAUUGCGUUAAUAUCACCGAGGAGGCAUCGAAGAAACUGUCGGAAUUCAUUUGCACCGAUUGCCAGAAGGCGCGUGAAACGCAACAGCUUUAUUGCAGCUGCAAACAGCCCUACGAUGAAUCGCAAUUUUAUAUUUGCUGUGAUAAAUGCCAGGACUGGUUCCAUGGCCGUUGCGUUGGCAUUGUCCAAAGCGAGGCGGAGUAUAUAGACGAGUAUGUCUGCCCGGAAUGUCAACGCAAUUCGGAUGCAAAUACGGCAAAUAUGAAAAGUCUAACGCAAAAUGAAAUGGUUGAACUCAAAAGCUUGAUCAAGCAAAUACAGUCGCACAAGAGUGCCUGGCCAUUUAUGGAACCGGUUGAUCCGGAAGAGGCACCCGACUAUUACAAAGUGAUUAAGGAGCCCAUGGAUCUCAAGCAGAUGGAAACAAAGCUCGAAUCGAACACGUACACGAAGCUCGCUGAAUUUAUUGGUGAUAUGACAAAAAUCUUUGAUAACUGCCGCUAUUACAACCCAAAGGAAUCCUCGUUCUACAAGUGCGCCGAAGCGCUUGAAUCCUUCUUUGUCCAAAAGAUCAAAAACUUUCGGGAACAGGUUUUUGGUCAAGGCAAUUGAUAGAUGAUAACUGAACGAACCUUUCCUUGUUGGUACAUUUGGAUUAAGCUGGGUUUAAACAACAACAACAGAAAUAAACACAAUGAAACAAAACAACACACAACAACAAAAAAAGAGAUGAAACAUUUUAAUUUUUAUAUAUAGUAAAAAUAAACUAAAUAAUUUUACUACAACUAUAUUUGAAUAGGCUUAGAUUACAGCAGCUCCAAUAUAAUACUUUCACUGUAAAUAUUUAUAUAUAUACAUAUAUAUAAAUAAAAUAUAUAUAUAAUUAAGUGCGAUUAGUUAUAGUCGGAUCAGUCAUAUAUAUGAGAAUAUGAAAAUGAAAAGUUCAUAAUUCAUUUUAUCGACAGUUUUUAGUUUAUUGAUUCAUAUGAAGCAAAAUAAUUAAUUAUCAAAUUAUCUAAAAAUAAGUAGUGUUUGACUAUGUACAGCCUAAACGAGAUGUAAAUAAACACACACACAUGCAUUUGUUUUGAUACAUAUGUAUGUACGAAGUAUAA